GGUAAAUUCCCCAAGUGUGUGGACAUAAGAGAAGAUUCCUCAAGUUUUCUGUACACAUUUUAUCACUAAUAACGGUAAAAAGAGGUGGAGGUAGGAAAAGUGGAUAGAAUACAUGCAUGAAAGUAGAAUCCAACCACCAAGCUAAAAGGAUCUAUAUACACUCAAAAUUUGCAACAAGGGAGACAUAAAUGGGUUAUUAUAAAACCAUAGGAGCUGUAUGAAAGUUUGUGGGAGGUAAAAGUCAUCCCAUGCAUCAUUCCAGACGACCAUAGUCUCUAGACUGUCUAAGUCUGCCAUAUUCUUCACCUAUGCUUUGUUUGGAGCCUUAGAUAUCCUUAUUGAUACAGAAAAUUCCAAUAGAUUGGAUAUAGAUACGGGAGAGUUCGCCAGUGUCUGCUAGCAUUUUUACAAUGGAAUCCCCUAUUGAAGCAUGUUCUCUUUCAGAUGAUUGCCCAUCUUCUGAGGGCUCAGAUACAGAGCAAGAGUAUGCCUAUAGCCUCUUUGAUGACUAUAAAUCGAUUGAUACAUCAAGAGUCUAUGAGUACAUGAAGAGUGAAUUUGGAUUCGACUAUAAUGCACUAGGAAGUGGCACUCUUCAUAGAGUUGCCCUUAUCAACUAUUUGGAAACUAUCAAGAAUGAUGGAGGAAAUGUGCUGGAAGCGUACAAGGAGGUUGUAAGGGAUCCACAGAUUAUACUGGGUGAUUUUGAAAAGUUUAUCAAACCGCCAUUUUAUAAUGAGAAACUAAUUUGGGGAUUUAUGGAGUCUAGUGAUGAAGAGGACAAUGAUGAGGUUAUCUUGAAAAAGAGUGUUAAUGUGCCAGAACGACCGUAAUGCGAAUAGAUGAGUGUGAAUAUGUGAGCUGGAGCGACGAGACCUGUACAUUGGGAUACAGUCAUCCAUGCGCAUAUUUAUUCACAUUUUCUCCAUAUAAAGUAUUCAUGGAGACUGGUAUAACUUCCAGGAGAGUGUAGACAAUUAGAAGCUGAACAUAAUUUACGCC